UUUGGUACUUUCAGUUGUGCUAAGCUUUUUUUUCCUCUAAAAAUGGCUUCCGCAGAUGUUGAGUUUAGGUGUUUCGUCGGUGGCUUGGCCUGGGCCACCACCGAACGAACCCUUGAUGACGCUUUCGGUCAGUAUGGCGAGAUUCUCGAAUCGAAGGUCGGUUGAUGCCAGAGCAGUGAUCGGAUCCGAUCCGACUUGAUCUCUCUGUUACUAAUAUCCUAUGUUACUUGAUCUACUGUUCUCUCUCUGUUACUUUUAUGUUACUGUUAUUCCUAAUCGUGAAACGAUUAUCAAUGAUCGGGAGACUGGUAGAUCCAGGGGAUUUGGCUUUGUCACAUUCAAGGACGAACAUGCCAUGAGGGACGCCAUCGAGGCUAUGAAUGGCCAGAGCCUUGACGGUCGUAACAUUACCGUAAAUGAAGCACAGUCUCGCGGAAGCGGAGGUGGAGGGUUCCGUGGUGGUCGCCGUGAAGGCGGAGGCGGAGGCGGAUACGGUCGACGGGAAGGCGGUUAUGGUGGAGGUUACGGUGGCGGCCGUGACCGUGGAUAUGGCGGUGGCGACCGUGGAUAUGGUGGCGGUGACCGCGGAUAUGGCGGUGAUCGUGGUUAUGGUGGCGGUUAUUCGAGGGGUGGUGGUGCUUCCGAUGGAAGCUGGAGGAAUUAAGUUGAUCUUUGAUUAGGGCACCAUCAUUUUAGUGGUGGUGUAGGUUUAAAUUUUAUAGAUAAGUUAUGUUUUUGAUCUUGGUUUGCGUUUAGUUCUGGUUAUGGGUUCGCCGUGCGAUGUAUUCGGUUGUGUUACUUUCCAUUUAGAUCGCUGCUGUUAUAUUGUAAAUCUGUAUUAACGUUGUUCCAUGGAAUGAAAUAAUGGAGAUUUGCGCUAUAAA